AUGGUCGGCCUCGGACGCGUAGCGGGGCCUGUCACCAGAGAGUACAAGACUGAACUUAGCCACCCUCGCCCAGCAGACACGGAUCCAUCUCCGCAGGCGGGCGCCGCCGGGGCCGCGGCGCUCCUCGGGUGCACCUCUCUUCGCCCCAGCACCCGAGGCACCCACUGCCUGCCCCGGACCGCGCGGACCGCGCCGUUCGGGGCUGGCACAUGCGCCCCGCCCGGCGGCGGCCGGGCUCCUUCUCGGGCCCCCACCCGGGUCCCUCUGACCCUGCGCCCCUCUUCCGCUCGCCGCGCUCACCACGGGCGUCAGCCGGCGAAGGCCUGCGUGGCCUGGCCCGCAGCUCUGGUCACGCCGCCCAGCUCGGGCACACACCGCAGACUCGGGCCUGGGCCGCGGGCCGCGAAGGAGCGGAGUCUCUGGGCGGGAGGGAAGGAAAGUCGGCCCGGCAACACAGGCGCCCACGCCUGCAAGAGCAACUCCCAGCGAGCUCUCAACGGUCGCCCGGCCUCUGGCCGAGAGCGUCACCAGCCGCGCACGCGCCGCGCUAGUUCGAAAUCCCGCGAACGCGCCGGCUAUCGCGAUAUCCGAGGCCGGUUACUUAUUACCCACAAUCCCUUCUUCUUUCUCUCUCCUCCUGCCUACCAAGAUGGUGAGUCGUGGUGCAACGUCUGGCCCCGGAUCUGGGUCCGGGUUUCAUCCGCCGUCAUCCGCUUCGGGACACGGCAGCGCGGGUCCGCGGCUCCGCUCGGCGCUAGUGGAGCCCUACUGGAGCCCUACUGGGCUUGGCACAGAGGAGUUGGGCCAGCGGGGAGCAUAGCGCCGCAGUACGGGACUUGGGCGGGCCGAGGCUUAGGCGGCUACGGUUGCUGCCUCGGACUCCGCCUCCGAGCCACGCCGCGGAGCAGCCCGACCGUGCGGGUGCCCCGGGCCGAUGCGCACGUGGGGGAACGGGGGCGCGAGCAGUGCCGUGCGGGCCUGGGGGCGCGAGAGCGGCGCCGACUAACUGGCUCUUCCCCUGCGCAGCCGAAGGGAAAGAAGGCCAAGGGCAAGAAGGUGGCCCCGGCCCCCGCCGUGGUCAAGAAGCAGGAGGCUAAGAAGGUAGUGAACCCGCUCUUCGAGAAGAGGCCGAAGAACUUCGGCAUCGGACAGGACAUCCAGCCCAAAAGGGACCUUACCCGCUUUGUAAAAUGGCCCCGCUACAUCCGGCUGCAGCGGCAAAGGGCUAUUCUCUAUAAGCGGCUGAAAGUGCCUCCUGCGAUUAACCAGUUCACCCAGGCCUUGGACCGCCAAACAGCCACCCAGCUGCUUAAGCUUGCCCACAAGUACAGACCUGAGACCAAGCAGGAAAAGAAGCAGAGGCUGUUGGCCCGGGCUGAGAAGAAGGCUGCUGGCAAAGGGGAUGUUCCCACAAAGAGACCACCUGUCCUUCGAGCAGGGGUCAAUACUGUCACCACCUUGGUGGAGAACAAGAAGGCUCAGCUGGUAGUGAUCGCGCAUGAUGUGGAUCCCAUCGAGCUGGUUGUCUUCCUGCCUGCCCUGUGUCGCAAGAUGGGAGUCCCUUACUGCAUCAUCAAGGGGAAGGCUAGGCUGGGACGUCUGGUUCACAGGAAGACAUGCACCACUGUUGCCUUCACACAGGUUAACUCGGAAGACAAAGGAGCUCUGGCUAAGUUGGUGGAAGCUAUCAGAACCAACUACAAUGACAGAUAUGAUGAGAUCCGUCGCCACUGGGGAGGCAAUGUCCUGGGUCCAAAAUCUGUGGCUCGCAUUGCCAAGCUGGAAAAGGCAAAGGCUAAAGAACUCGCCACUAAACUGGGAUAAAUGUAUGCUGUUGCAUUUCUGUACAUAAAAAUAAUAAAUUGUCCUUCAUCCAGUG